UAUGUAAUAACCUAAUCAGCUUAUCUGUAUCAUAUGUAUUGUUAUGUGUGCCUUUAUUUAUACCAUACAUACAGUUAAUCAGAACAAUUAUUUAUUAUUAUCUGUCUAAACUAUUUAAUAUACUUUUUACAGACACAACCAGAGCACUAAGAGAUAUAAGGUAUUGAUGUAACUGGAGUGAAUAAGGGAACCUUCUUCCUGAGCACAGACAUUGGAGCCUGUUAUCAGCAUGAACUCAUAUGUGUUAGACAAACACGUGAAUAGUUCAUAUUUAUCCUUCACUACAGAAAGCAUCAGAAUGAUACCGCAAACUCCAAUAGUCUUAGACACCAAUGACUAUUCACAAACAUUGGGGAUAUCACAAAAGAUAUUAACAGACAAUGGUGAAUUGGCAGGAACUGGGCAGCAAGCAUUAUAUACAGAGAGUAAUUUAGUCAUCAAACAAGAGGACAACAUUUAUGCCUUAUCUAGUGAAAUGAUUAUCCCAGAAGAUAAACCACACACAUUUACUGAGUUUUCAAAACAUAUUAAAGAAGGGAAAAGUCUACAGUCUAAGCAAAGGAUACAUAGAAAGGAGAAACCUUUCAAAUGUACAGUUUGUGAGAAAAGCUUUAGAUGGAAGCCUCAUCUACUAGAACACUACAAAAUUCACACAGGUGAGAAACCACACACAUGUACUGAGUGCGGCAAAUGUUUUACACAAAAGAGUGAGCUGAAAACUCAUGAAAGGAUUCACACAGGAGAAAAGCCUUUCACAUGUACAGAGUGUGGAAAAAGUUGUAUAAAUAAGAGUGAACUGAAAACUCAUGAAAGGAUUCACACAGGAGAAAAGCCGUUCACAUGUACAGAGUGUGGAAAAAGUUUUACACAAAAGUGUAAUCUAAAAAUUCAUGAAAGGAGUCACACAGGAGAAAAGCCUUUCACAUGUACAGAUUGUGGAAAAAGUUUUUCAAAUAAGAGUUAUCUCAAAACUCAUGAAAGGAUUCACACAGGGGAAAAGCCUUUUACAUGUACAGAGUGUGGAAAAAGUUUUACAAUAGAGAGUGAUCUGAAAAAGCAUGAAAGGAUUCACACAGGAGAAAAGCCUUACACAUGUACAGAGUGUGGAAAAAGCUUUACACAAAUAAAUAGUCUGAAAAAGCAUGAAAGGAUUCACACAGGAGAAAAGCCUUUCACAUGUACAGAGUGUGGAAAAAGCUUUACACAAAUAAAUAGUCUAAAAAAGCAUGAAAGGAUUCACACAGGAGAAAAGCCUUUCACUUGUACAGAGUGUGGAAAAAGAUUUACACGAAUGCAUCAUCUGAAAACUCAUGAAAGGAUUCACACAGGAGAAAAGCCUUUCACAUGUACAGAGUGUGGAAAAAGUUUUUCAAAUAAGAGUCAUUUGAAAACUCAUGAAAGGAUUCACACAGGAGAAAAGCCUUUCACAUGUACAGAGUGUUGAAAUGGAUUUACAAACAUACGCCUAGAUUUAGAGUUCUGCGUUAGCCGUCCAAACCAGCGUUAGAAGGUCCUAACGCUGGUUUUGGCCGCCCGCUGAUAUUUAGAGUCAGUCAGGAAAGGGUCUAACGCUGACUUUCCAGCCGCGACUUUUCCAUACCGCAAAUCCUUUUACGUCAAUUGCAUAUCCUAUCUUUUCAAUGGGAUCUUUCUAAAGCUGGUAUUUAGAGUCUUGGCUGAAGUGAGCGUUAGAACUCUAAUGACAAGACUCCAGCCGCAGAGAAAAGCCAGGAGUUAAGAGCUUUCUGGGCUAACGCCGGUUCAUAAAGCUCUUAACUACUGUGCUCUAAAGUACACUAACACCCAUAAACUACCUAUGUACCCCUAAACCGAAGUCCCCCCACAUCACGCCACUCUAAUAAAAAUUUUUAACCCCUAAUCUGCCGACCGCACACCGCCGCAACCUACAUUAUCCCUAUGUACCCCUAAUCUGC